GCCCUGGCUUCGUUCACAAUCUCGACCGGAGAUUUCACCCGUUAUCACUACUAUAUACCUAAUCGGUAUGUAAGUAGUAUAUCUACUAGCUUACAUGUGCACAUGCCCACCCCUACCCGGAUCGAUCGAUUUCCAGGGUGACCAAGGUCGGGAAUUGAUUACUCACCAGGGCACUUACUUAGCUAACCUUGAGCUUAAACCCUCGAACUUCUAGAUUUUCUCUUUUCUCUCUUGUAUGUCUCACAUCUAUGCGAUGUGCGUCCCCGUAAUCUCGUCAUUUCAUGAUGCACCCAGGACACCAGCUGUCAUAUGCCAUGUGGGCAAUGGUGGCCUUAGUCCUAGUACUCGUAGCUCUCAGGCUAUACACUCGCAUAUGGAUCGUCAAGUUUGUUGGUGCCGAAGACUACAUGUAUGCUUGGACGGGAGCGUUCUUCCUGUGUUUUGCUGUUUUCAUACAGAUAUCCGUCCAAUAUGGUCUAGGUCAGAACUUCUGGAAGCUGAGCAUCGACGAAAGCUCGAAUGCAAUAUUCUGGACUUAUGUUGCGAACAGCUUCGCCAUCACAGGAAAUGCCAUGGCGAAACUCUCCAUGGGUCUAUUUUUGCUUCGCGUGGUCCAAGUUAGAUGGCAUAAGACCGUCCUCUGGGUUGCCGUCGUCGUCACCGCCGCUACGUCAAUCGCUCUCACCAUCAUGCUUUGGAACCAAACAACGCCGAUCAGAGCGAGCUGGGAUCCGUUGCGCACGCCCGGAACGUGGAACUUAAGGAUCCAACCUAUGAGCGUCGGCCUCGGAGUCUGGUCAAGCAUUUGCGACUUCUUCUUCGCCAUUUUCCCUUGGGUGUUCACCCAAUCGCUUCCCAUACCUCGUCGGGAGAAGUUUAUGCUGGCGGGGGGGAUGAGUUUGGGGAUAAUCGCCGGUGCUUGUGGCAUUACUCGGACCGUGGUCCUCUCGCGGCUGAAUGUAUUUAAUUAUACAUUAAACUUCGUGCCCUAUUUUGCUUGGGCCGGUGCGGAAAUCGCCGUCGCCAUGGUCUGCCUCGGUAUCCCUACUCUACGGCCGCUCUAUCUCAAGACGAGGGGAUUUGCUGGCGCAUAUUCCAGCCAUGGCCAAAACAGCCACGCCAACGAGCUACCCAGAUUUGUCAUGUACGAACGUAAAACUUCAUAUCUGCCUCCACCAGCGCAUGAUUCGAAGUUUUCGUUUUCAUUUUCGCAAAGACGAACAGAAGAUAAUGUAACGAAACCGGCUCCGGUCAGACAAAUGAAGUCGCGGAAUGAUAGCUUGGAAGAUAUAAUAUCAAAUUAUCAGGAUCGGGAUGCCGGUGUGAUAUGGAUCAAGAAGGAGGUCCGUGUCCAAAAGGACGUUGUUGAAUGGCCGCUGCGCAGCUGAUGAGCGACAGAUAGGCUGAUAGGUGCUAGAGUUAGAGAUGGUAACCUAGAACACUAGGUGGUUUACAUCCAGACGCAGGUCAUAAUCGUAAUCUCAUAUAGACCUAUAUGUAGGUAUAUAUGCAUACCUAAGUACUAAGUAGACGUACCAAGAAACAAAUUAUAAAUACUAGGUGUAGGUAACGGGCUCGACUUAGUUUCCACAAUCAGGUAGUUGAGGGCUUAUUAAAAUGCUCUGAACUGUAUAAGCUAAGGUGUGAAUGCCUUUUUUUUUUUUGGUUAUGACUUUUUACACCUAAU